AGAGGACCCCAGAGUGCUGAGUCUGCCUGAUCCCAUCGGUGAGUGUCUCUUGUCUCUGUGUCUUUUGUAUUUGUGCGCAUCUGGUUUUUGGGCACAGUUUGAGAUUGCCUGUUGGAGGUCUAGGCGGACGUGCUGGAAGGCCCCAGGCUGUGGGACUCCGGAGACAUCCCAGACCCACCUGGUGGGGAUUGGAUCCCCUUGGUAAGCUUGGGAGGACGAAGCGGGCCGCGCCUGCUGGGAGGCGAGAGGCCAUCAUCCUAUUUUCAGUUUAAGGCACCAAUUAACCAUGUGUUGUUUUUCUGUGUAUUUGUGCUUUUUGUUGUGUUUGUGACUUUUACUGCAUUAGAAGAGAUGGGACAGAACCAAGUAACUCCUCUUAGCCUUUUCCAGGAUCACUUCUCGGAGUUCAAAGCCCAGGCUCUUAGCCUGGGGUUAAGAGUAAAGAAAGGGAAGCUUUUUAUGUUUUGCAGGAAUGAAUGGCCAACCUUUGGGGCCGGUUGGCCUGAAGAAGGGACGUUCAACCUGCCCUCCAUCUACAGAGUAAAGGAUACAAUUUAUGGCAGUCCAGGCCACCCUGAUCAGGUCCCUUACCUCACGACUUGGUAGGUUAUGAUGGAGGAGCCUCCAAAAUGGUUAAAGCCAUUCCUCCCCCCACCCCCCGGCCGCUGGCCCAAAGCCAACCAUCCUCACCCUGCACUAAACUCUCUGCCCCUCUCUACCCUCUCUUUCAAGGAGGCACAGGGGAAGAACUUCUGCUUGAGCCACACCCCUAUCAGCCUGUCCCACAAGCAGAGCCUCAGGACACCCUGGGGGAGAUGGAGGCAGCCCCACCCCAGGAGAUGGAAGAACACCCUCCCCAGACAUGGAGGAGGGUCCAAAGGGAACAGCCAUGGCUGGUGGCAGACUCUACUGUCCUCCCCCUCCAGGCUGUGGGGCCGCUCACUAAAGCAGGGGACCAACAGAUGCAGUAUUGGCCAUUUGCAACUAGCGACCUCUACAAUUGGAAGCUGCAAACAGCUAAAUUCUCUGAAAAGCCCCAAGGGCUAAUUGAUUUGCUAGAAUCUGUUUUGCAGGUCUUGUUCACCACUGAAGAAAGAGACCGGAUCCUGGUUGAAGCCCGCAAGCUGGUCCCUGGGGUGGAUGGGAAUCCCACCACCAAUCAGGCCCUGAUAGAUGAAGCCUUUCCCCUGGUUAGGCCGAAUUGGGACUUCAAUGUGGCUGAAGAAAUUGGACAGACUGGCAGAUAAAACCCUGCCAGAGCUUCUGGAAGUGGCUGAGAAAGUCUACAAUCAUCAAGAGAGUCCUGAGGACAAGCAGGCCCAGGUCGC